AUGGUGAAUGAAACUUUUGUGAAAAAUGUUGACAGCUUUAUAAUUACUGGAUUUGAUCACCUGCAGAACCAAAAGCUUCUUGGAUCGCUCAUCUUGAUAUCCUACAUGUUCAUAUUACUUGGGAAUGGCAUCAAUCUGUGUAUCAUCUCGACUGACAGACAUUUACACAAACCAAUGUACAUAUUAAUCUGUAAUCUAGCUGUUGUUGACAUAAUGUACUCCUCGACUUGCAGCACAACCAUGAUCUCAGUGCUGCUGGCUGAGAUUAAAACGGUUUCAUACUACUCUUGCAUCUCCAGGACAUAUUUCUUUAAUCUUGGAGAUUUAACAGAGUGCAUGGCUCUGACAUUAAUGGCAUUAGACAGACUUAUUGCCAUUAGUCUUCCUUUAAGGUAUCACAGCUUUGUAACAAACUCACGAAUAUUAUGGCUUAUUUUUCUAACCUGGAUAUUAAGUUUUGCUUUAAUAGGUUUUUUGACAUAUGUGGCAGACACUCUUCCAUACUGUCAGCCUAUCAUCAAAUACGUGUUCUGUAGUUAUUCUUCUCUGGUCCGAGCUGCCUGUGUUGAUCCUGAACCCUAUUUUGCUAUUUCUACAGUAUAUAGUAUGGUGACAUUGUGUGGACCUUUCCCUUUUAUUCUGUGCACGUAUGCUGUUCUAGCAUAUAGUGUGACUAAACUGGCCAACUCAAGCAGAAAGCAAAUGAUCAACACUUGCUUAAGUCAUAUAAUUGUCCUGUUCAGUUUUUAUCUACCUAAGAUCGUCUAUAUUUUACUAACUAAAAUAGGAGUUGUGUUGACUUUAACUGAGAGAAAUGCCGUUUUAAUUGUAUCCUGCUUUGUUUCUCUUUUAGUAAACCCCACUGUUUAUUGCAUCAGGACUAAAGAAAUCAGAAGAAAAAUAACAGAUAUAUUCUUGUACACACAAAAAAUAACCAAGUAA